AUGAAGCCGAACAACUUCACUAGUUCAGAAAAAUGGACUGAAACAGAAGAUCUGUUAUGUUUGACGCCAAUUUUUGCAGAUGGGACAGUCAAAUAUUUGAAAGGUUUCUCAGUCUUGAAUAUCCUUCUAUCUAUUACUGCAUUUCUUGGGAACACUCUGAUUUUAGUUGCCAUGCGUAGGGAAUCGAUUUAUCUUCAUCGACCGUCCAAGCUCUUGUUCCGUUGUCUGGCUACGACGGAUCUCUGUGUUGGACUGAUCGCACAACCUGUCGUUGUUGUUUUUCUUCUAUCCCUGGUAUUCAAACGCUCCAAUCUUUGCCGAUUCGCCAUAUCAGCUUCAUCUGUAGUUAACUAUUUGUUGUGCUCCGUGUCUUUGAUGACGAUGACAGCCAUAAGCCUGGACAGACUUCUCGCCCUGAUUUUAAGGAUGAGAUACAGGCAGAUUGUAACUUUAAAACGCGCAUCUUUCGUUGUAGUCAACAUUUGGGUCACAGCCAUAGUUGCAGCAUCACUGUAUCUUGUAAACCCCCGUAUAACAGUCUGGUAUGGCCGAAUAGGUAUACCCAUGUGCUUAACACUUUCAUUCGCAUCGUAUACAAAGAUUUUCCACGCACUUCGUCGUCGGGUCCAAGUACAAGAUCAUGCUCAACAAGAACAACAACUUAACCAUGUUUCUCCACUAAACACAGCUCGAUACAGAAAAGCAGUGUAUAGUUCGCUUUGGGUGCAGGUGGUAUUAGUUGUGUGUUAUCUUCCACAUCACAUAGUAAUAACUUUCUCAACUUAUAGUAGAUUAUCAUCGUCACAGUUGCUUGCAUGGAGUGUAACAGGUCUUUUAGUCUACCUAAAUUCAUCGUUAAACCCACUACUCUACUGCUGGAAGAUAACUGAAGUGAGACAAGCAGUAAAGGAGAUAAUCCGAGGAUCACUUUUAUGUCCCUGGAGUUAGAUUCUUGUCUUAACUGUGAGAGGAAAAUUGUACUAUUUUGAUGUCUCAGUGGAACUCUUUUUUACUACUCCUUUUGCAAUUGU